CUUUGUGACGAGAGGAUACGCUGUCCUCCAGUGCCCAACAGUGUGUGGUUUCCUUACUACUUCGUAUAAUGUGAGAAAUAUUUGAUAAAUCUAAAUGCUUUAAAGGAGUGAGAAUAGUGGCCUGGCUUCGAAGGAAUCGAGGGCGCGUGUAGAGCGAGAUAUUAGAGCAGGAAUUCACAGCAUGGCGAAGUGCAUCGGCGUCCGGAGGCGGUCGCUGCGCCCGCGGGCCCCGCCCUCCGAGCCGCUGCUGCCGCUGCUGCUGGCCCUGCUGGCGGCCCCGGCGUGCCGCGGCCAGAUGCCGGGCGGCGGCGUCGGCGGCGGCGGGGGCGCGCUGCCGGGGCCGCGCCUGGGCCCGGGGCGCGUGGAGCACAUCUCGGACCAGGACCUGCUGCCCAGCCACAACCGCUGCGAGCCCAUCACCAUCCGCCUGUGCAAGGACAUCCAGUACAACUCGACCAUCAUGCCCAACCUGCUCAACCACCACGACCAGGAGGAGGCGGGCCUCGAGGUGCACCAGUUCUUCCCGCUGGUCAAGGUGCAGUGCUCGCCCGAUCUGCACUUCUUCCUGUGCAGCGUGUACGUGCCCGUGUGCACCAUCAUGGACCGGCCGCUGCCGCCGUGCCGCCACCUGUGCCUGUCGGCCAAGGACGGCUGCGAGGACCUCAUGAACAAGUUCGGCUUCCAGUGGCCCGAGUCGCUGGACUGCAACAAGUUCCCGGCCAGCCCGCAGGAGGAACUGUGCGUGGGCGAGAACAACACGUCGCCGCACACGGGGUCGCGCCCGAGCUUCCCGACGACGGGGCCGCGGCCGCCCGUCGGGCCCGCCUACGCCGGGAAGGACUUCCAGUGCCCGCUGCACUUCAAGGUGCCUAAGCGCCUGGAGUACAAGUUCCGCGUCGGCGGCGUGGAGGCGGCCGACUGCGGCGCGCCCUGCAACGGCAUGUUCUUCAACGAGGAGGAGCUGCGGUUCUCGCGGCACUGGGUGGGUGGGUGGGCGGCCGUGUGCCUGGCCUCCACCACCUUCACCAUCGCGUCGUUCCUGGCCGACGUGCGGCGCUUCCGCUACCCCGAGCGCCCUAUCAUCUUCAUCAGCAUGUGCUACUGGUUCAUCGCCGCCACCUACGUGCUGGGCCUCGUGCAGGGCGACCGCGUGGCCUGCGACGAGCCCUGGGACCCGCCGCAGUACCUGCCGGAGCUGCGGGAGCACAUGGUGCGCACCAUCACGCAGGGCGUGGACCGCGAGUGGUGCACCAUCGUGUUCAUGACGCUGUACUUCUUCUCCAUGGCCGCCUCCAUCUGGUGGGUCGUCCUGACGCUCACCUGGUUCCUGGCGGCCGGCCUCAAGUGGAGCCACGAGGCCAUCGAGAACAACUCCGCCUGGUUCCACGUCGCCGCCUGGGCCAUCCCCGCCGUCAAGACCAUCAUCAUCCUGGCCACCAAGAACGUCGAAGGUACGCCCGCGACGCCCUCCUGGUGGGGCCAGGGUUCAAGGGGGGCGGGGGCCUCUCCCUCGCCCUCCCUCGGGGUCGCCGUCGGAAGACCUGGGGGGAGCUAUCUCUGUCUGAGUCUCGCCUCCCGGCACUUCCUGGCAACACUGCAUAGCGUUUGGGUUCAAAAGCUUGUGGCCGCAAGAGUAAAUUUACCCGGGGGCAUGCGAGGUGCCAUGGCUCGGCGGAAAGUGCAGCGCCGUUUAAUUGGGUUCGAGAAGAGGCCUUUGCAGGGCUGGGGUCAGCGGACAGGCAGACCACGUGAGGACUCGCUGAGAGAAAUUAAUGAAAAAUAUAAAUCAGAUGAUAUAGGAACUCAGUACAUAGCCAAGUGGCUAAAUAUAAAGGAGAAUAAGAAAAAGAUGAUAUUGGAAAUCAAGCAGGAUGCUUCCCCAGCUGUGAGAGGAAGCGAGGUGAAAAUCCUUUCCUUGUGUUGGUCUUUCGCCCCAGCUAGAGAGCGAAAGCUGAUGCCAAAACAAGAACUAUAG